UGAACACAACGCUGGCGGUGGCAGGGAUGUGUGAUCAUUGAUAGCCCUAUCGCCAAAAAAAUCAGAGCAAGGUCGUGGUUUUGGUCGCUGUUAAAAUGACUCAUCUGCAGGCCGGGCUCCGUGCUGAAACCAUCGAGAAAUCUCGGUUGGAACUGAAUGAGAACGCGGAAGCCUUAUACCAGGACAUCCAGCAGGUCAGAGACAUGAUCGUAACCCGCCCGGAUAUCGGCUUCCUACGCACGGACGAUGCAUUCAUCCUGCGGUUUCUGAGAGCCAGGAAGUUUAACCACUUUGAGGCCUUCAAACUGCUGGCUCAGUAUUUCCAGUAUCGGCAACAGAACUUAGAUAUGUUCAAAAACUUCAAAGCAGACGAUCCUGGCAUCAAACGGGCUCUGAUGGAUGGGUUUCCGGGAGUCCUCCAACAGCCGGAUCACUAUGGGAGGAAGAUUCUGGUGCUGUUCGCUGCCAACUGGGACCAGAGUAGGAAUACCUUUGUGGACAUUCUCCGAGCUAUUCUGCUGUCCCUGGAAAUUCUUAUUGAAGAUCCAGAGUUACAGAUAAAUGGAUUUGUGCUAAUUAUAGACUGGAGUAAUUUCACAUUCAAACAAGCCUCCAAACUGACUCCAAGUAUACUAAGACUAGCCAUCGAGGGCUUGCAGGACAGCUUCCCCGCACGGUUUGGAGGCAUCCAUUUUGUGAACCAGCCUUGGUACAUCUAUGCUUUAUUCACGAUAAUAAAGCCAUUCUUGAAAGACAAGACCAGAAAAAGGAUUUUUCUUCACGGUAACAACUUGAACAGUCUUCACCAGCUUAUUCAUCCAGAAUAUCUGCCAUCAGAGUUUGGAGGUACACUACCCCCAUAUGACAUGGGAACCUGGGCGCGAACACUACUUGGUCCAGAGUACAAUGAUGACACUGAAUAUACUUACAAUUCGUACAACUCAAUACACAUGAAAGACAUGCUGGAUGAUCCGGAAAGCAAUUGCUCUCCCAAGCAUAUGAAGAGGUCACAGUCGGUGGUGGAACCAGGUGUACUGAAGCGAGAAGACAGGGAUGAUGAUAACACCCAACCACUACUAGCUCUGGAUUGAAUUAACUGUUAACUACAUGGCUGGAUCUCUGAGGUGCAAACAUUUACGAUGUAUUUACUUAAAUCACUUUCAAUUAUACUUUCUUUCAUUAAAAUGGCAAAAUUCAGGUAUCACCAGCUUUCUCAUCAGUACUGCCAGAAGUUGAUUUAAAACGGAGAGCAUUUGAAAUAAGGUACCUGAAGGAUUUACUGUCUGCAGUGGGCAACCUGACAAUAACCUUGGAAGGAUUACAGAUAUUGGUACUUUGCCUACAGAAGAAGGAAAAGAUCCAUUAUGGCAGAACUAUUUAGGUCUUGAUAACAGGCAUGCAAUUUUCUGACAUAUUUGUGCCUUUCCAAGAAAGGCCAUGUUUUUAUAUAUAUUUCAGUAUCAGAUUGGAAAACUAAAAAAAAACACCAAAUUUCAAACAGAAGGCAGGAUGAAAGACCAUUUAUUAAUGUGCCAAAGAUCCAAUAGUUCCAUUCCUAUUUAUUUUCUGAAUGAACACCAAACAUCUAUUAAUGUAUUUUAGUUAAAUUCAGUAAAUGAAGCUAACUUUAUCAAACAAAAUGCUGUUUAGCUAAGUGGAUGAAUAAAACAAUUACUCACUUUCUUCUGUGUUUUAUUUUGGGAACCAUAGAUCUUGCACAGCAUGUUACAAAGCUUUUGUGUUCAUUAGUAAGUCACAGAUAUUCUGCUCAGCAUUCUUCACUGUAAUUAAAUGUUUACAAUGCAAUGGUUCUUAAUACAAGUUGCAUUAAAACAUUAAGCAUAAUUUAAGUGUGAAGCAUAAAAACUUUAAUUUCAAAUAUCUUUUUCCAAUUUGGAGACACAGUAUUGAUGUUUGUAACAGUGAUUGCUGCAAAAAUUUGCAAAAAUGUGUACAUUCUAUUUGUUCCAUAAGAUAUUUAAAACAAAAGCAAAGCUAAAACUGGGCUUUGUAAAACUCACACAACACACACAAAAUGCUGGUGGAACACAGCAGGCCAGGCAGCAUCUAUAGGGAGAAGCACUGUCGACGUUUCGGGCCGAGACCC